AUGGCUGAUUUCCACUUCACUGACCAAAAGUUGAGCAACGAUCUUAUCUCAUCUAUUUCCAGUCUUCUCGACUCCAUAGAUGUCCCCAACCUUCUUUGGGGCAACUAUCUACUCACUAUUUACGGAGUUCCCACAAUUGUGGAUGAAGCAGCUUUCGUUAUCCCAGAUGAUCUAAUCGAGAUCGCAUUCUCUUCACUCACGAGUGCCGGGUUCCUACCCUGUAUCCAAAGCAACUGUCGGCACUCAGAGACUCCACGAGUCCCACCGGCAUCCAAGCACCUACAUAUCGAUGAUGAAAUUGCUGUCUCACUUUAUCGAAAAUCGGAUGUGCUUUGGGAAUUCGAAGACCUUAGGUUCAUGCCUGAGAACAAUCUAGUUAUACUUGCGUCGGACACUCGACUGCCGUCGGCAACUCCAGGUCAUGGCAGAGGACGCUUCUCGCAUCCUUGUACUGUGAAAAUCCCUUCUGCGGAGAAAUAUUGCGGGGCCGUGAUUCUUUUGCUUUGUCGUGACUACGACUCUUCUUACGCGACUUAUUGGAUGGCUAUCCUGUGCUAUCUUUUGGAGUAUGUCGAUGGGACGGAUAUCUUCGAUGAAAGUAGGCUGCAAGAAGGUUGCAGAAAGUUUUACCAUGCCGCUAAGGUGGGAGAUCCUGAGAUGUAUUCGAUACUGGAUGAGCUUCGACUUGUUUUGAUUGAAGAGCGUCGCCUACCAUUGAUAAGUGAUUAA